GGACCAGGAAUUAGUGCCCAACCUCGGUUCCUUAACCUGCUCAGCACUUUCAACAAACGCCGCCCACGGAAAUAUCACGCCAACGACUAAUAAAAGCGCGUCUCCCCACCACGAAUAAACUCACGACUCGCUCCAUGCUACAUUUAAUGCAGCGAUGGAUUUCUCCACGAAUUAUCUCAAGUGGGUUGUGAGGGAAACAUGGAAAUAUGGAUUCAUGGCUUAUGGGAUGAUCGGAACGGUGAUUUGUGUCGUAGCCACUUGCUUCUUUGCCAUAGUGGGCUCGAUCGUCGGAGCGGUGACGGGGGCCGUGAUCGGCUCCGGAACGGAGAGCGGGAUGCUGCGGGGGGCCGGCGUCGGAGCCAUCUCCGGUGCGGUGUUCUCGAUCGAGGCCGUCGAGUCGUCUCGUGAUCGUUGGAACUCCAAUGGAUUGGGAGUGUGGAGCAUUCUCUACUUGAUGGAUAUCAUCUAUAGCUUAUUGAGUGGGAGACUAGUAAGAGAAAAGGUCGACCCGGCUAUGCAGAGUGCGGUUUCGAGUCAGAUUAGCGCAAUUAGCUCGCCCUUCGUUGAAUCUACCGAUUUCUUCGAUACCGGCUUUGUGAGUGGCAUGCCAAAGGACUCCAUUGAAGAGCUUCCGAAAGUGAAAAUUACAAAAGAAGACAUGGUUGAUAAAACAGGGGAGAAUAUCUGCUGUUCUGUGUGCUUGCAGGACCUUCAGAUUGGAGACUUGGCGAGGAAAUUGCCGAAUUGCGUGCAUAUGUUUCAUUCGCGGUGCAUCGAUAGUUGGCUCAUUAGGCAUGGUUCUUGCCCUCUUUGCCGUCGGGAUGUCUAAUUUUUCAUUUCUUCUUUUUUUUUUUUUGGCGGAUUAUAUGAGAGUGUUUGAUGUAUAGUAUAUAAGCUAUUGUAGAACAUUUAGAUCAUCUUUAUUCAUUGAUACACGCACUUUUUCAGUCCCCUUCACGAGGCUAAGUAGACCAUGGUACAUUGUGGAGCUCUGCAUAUAUAAUGUUUGUACGCCGCUCCUACAUUCGUUGGCUUUAGCAUCAGCUGGGACAGUA